AUGGGGUCUUGGGCAGUCGGCCUCCUCACAUUACACCCCAAACGCGAAGCAAAAUGCGACUGCACUCCACUUCAACCCGCGGGUGGGCUAUGCCUCUCUGUUGCUCCUGCACCGGCCUAUAUGGUCGACAACCAGCACAACUACUUCCAUACAGCUCCUGACAAGGGGAAGCAGAACGGUCCCCUCUGGCGCUACUCUGGUAGCCUUAACAAGUACAUGACCAACCUUCGCGGCGGCACUGUUGUUCGUGGCGGUUAUGCCAAAUCGAACGGAACCAGGCGAACAACUCUCAAAGCCGCGGUGACCAAACGGCAGUCCUCCUCGGACUACUGGCUCGCGAGUCUUGGGUCUAAGGGAGCUCAACCAUUGGCCGGCGGAGAUGACUACCAGUUCUUCCGCAAUGUUGUCGACGACUUCGGGGCCGAUAAUUCGGGAGACACGGACACGACCGAGGCGCUCAACGCAGCCGUGGCCAGCUGGAACAGGGACUCGGUGGGGGGUGCCAAAACGCGGUGUGGCGAGGAUUGUGGCAACACAUUUGCGCAGGGUGCCAUCGUCUACUUUCCCCCAGGCACAUACAAGAUUUGCUCGCCUGUGAUCCAGUACUACUACACGCAGUUCAUCGGUGACCCCAACGACAUGCCCACCAUUAAGGGUUGUGAUACCUUCCAGGGCAUCGCGCUAUUCGAUACGGACCCCUAUAUCCCCGGGGGGUCGGGCUCGCAGUGGUACGUGAACCAGAACCAGUUCUUCCGCCAGAUCCGCAACUUCAUUUUUGACCUCAACGACAUGCCGGAAUCGACAGCAGAGAACGACCAGGACCUAGUGCCGACCGGUAUCCACUGGCAAGUGGCGCAGGCCACGUCGCUGCAAAACUUGGUAUUUAAAAUGCCUACAUCGAGCACCACGACGGCCGUUGGCAUAUUCUCCGAGAACGGCAGCGGCGGCUUCGUGUCCGACCUCGAAUUUAAUGGCGGAAACAUCGGCUGGCGCGCGGGUUCACAGCAGUAUACGGCACGUAAUCUGCAGUUCAACUCUUGCAACACAGCCGUGCAGAUGGUUUGGGAUUGGGGCUGGAACUGGCAGCAGAUCGAAAUUACCGGCGGCUCCAUCGCCUUUAACAUCUCGGGCACAGGCGGCGACACAGGCCAGGGCACGGGCAGCGUAUCCAUCAUCGACACUAUAAUUAGCGGUACAACCGUCGGCAUCCUGACGAACGGGCUAAAGUCGUCGCCUAAUAUUGUGCUAGACAACACCGUCUUUAAGGACGUGGCCAGCCCCGUCAUGGUGGAUGGCGGUGACACGAUCCUAUCCGGCAGUUCCGACUUGUGGGCAACAGGCAAGCGGUACAAUGGCUCAGUUGGCACGACCGAGACUGGGGACGUGACAGCACCUGCCAAGGCCAAAGGGCUCCUCGACUCCGACUCGGGAUUCCUCUAUGUGCGCUCGCGGCCGCAAUACGAGGACCUGAGUACCAGCUCCUUCCUCGUGGCAACCACCGACGGAGGGUGCAAGAAUGAUGGCACGGGCGAUCAGCAAUCCUGCAUCAAUUCCUUUCUGCAAAAGGCCGCAGCCGCGGACCAGGUGGCCUACUUCCCGGCCGGGAUCUAUACAAUCGGCGGCACCGUGCUGAUUCCCACAGGUUCGCGCGUGCAAGGCUCUUCGUGGUCGCAGAUCCAAGGGUCGGGCUUCUACUUCAGCGACAUGAACAACCCCAAGGUUAUGAUACAGGUCGGCAACAAGGGUGACAUCGGCACCAUGGAGAUCGUCGAGAUGCUUUUUUCAGUGCGUGGCGCCACGGCCGGUGCUGUCCUCAUGGAGUGGAACACAGCGGCAUCCGAGCAGGGCGCGGCGGCCAUGUGGGACUCUCACUUCCGCGUCGGCGGCGCCCUCGGCAGCGAUCUUGACUUUGCUACCUGCCCUAAGUUCAGCUCCAAGGACGAGUGUAUCGCGGCCUCGCUCAUGUUCCACGUGACGCCUCAGGGGAAUGGCUACUUCGAGAACGUGUGGGCGUGGGUAGGUGAUCAUGAUAAUGACGCGAGCGUCUUCAAUCAGCCCGACUCAACCAUCACGCAGGUUACCGUUUACGGGGCCCGCGGCACGUUGAUCGAGUCCCACGGCCCGUCAUGGUUCUACGGAAGUGGCUCCGAGCACACGGUGCUGUACAAUUACUUGCUCAGCGGGGCCAAGAACAUAUACAUGGGCCACAUUCAGACCGAGUCGCCCUACUACCAGCCUGUCCCUGGCGCCCCGGCGCCCUUUGGCGCGGCCGCGAGCUUUCCCAACGACCCAGACUUCAGCCAGUGCAAUAUCACGGCCAACACAGACAACGAACAGUGCCGCUAUUCUUGGGGACUGCAGGUCAUCGACUCGACCGACGUCACCAUCCACAGUGCUGGGCUGUACAGCUUCUUCAACGCCUAUUACCAGGACUGCAUAGACACUCACAACUGCCAGGAGCGCGUUCUUGAGGUUAAGGGGUCCACUGGAGUCGUCAUUUACAACUUGUUCACCGUUGCCAUCGUCGACGCAGCCAAUGGCAUUGAUGGCUCCAGCAUCCCCCAGGCAGACGUCCAGCGUGGCUUCACGACUGAGGUCAGCGUGUGGCUUCCCCUGCCGGGUGGUGACAAUAUCGACAUAGUCUGGGUAGGCACUGAAGUGUGGGAAACGCCGACGGUGACCUGCUCGUCGCCGCCCUGCAUGUUAAUCAUACCAACGAGCUCGCUGGCACAGGACACCACUAUCACGCCUAGCAAAUACAAAACCUCGUUUGAGUACGGCGGGUUUGUUCCCACCACGAUUGGCGGCAUAGGGACCACAGUCUUCGUAACAUCCACGACCACCGUGACUAUCACGAUCCCCACCAUUGUCACGAACGGCAUCGGCUAUUCCAACGUCAAUGUGACGGCCGCGGGACCGACGCCCAUCACCAUAUACCCUAGCAUCGACAUCCCACCUAUCGGCGUCACAUUGCCCGACGGCCACGGCGGCGAAACCACACGCACUGUCACCCUCCCGCCAUGGCCGCAGGUGAAUGGCGGGCCCACCAUCGAUUACACGGAUCCAGGCACCGUGCCUGUCGACACCGGCGGCAGCAGCGGCGUAGGUAAAGCCACCACGUACUAUACACCCAUCGGCGUCCCCGUCACAGUUUCUGGCGCAACCGUUACGACCCUUACGUUCCCAGCCACGACCGGAGCCAUCACCAUCUCCUGCCCGGCCGAGACGUCCGUCGUCUUUGCCACGCCACCCAUUGCCGUUGCUACGACAUGUACCAACGCAGGCUCGCUUACAUUCAACUUUGUCUGCCCAACUACUAAGGUGGUCACCUUCCUUGCGUCCACCAUUGCGAUGGUCUCCGUCGACUGCUCUCUAGUCACGACCUGGAGCACAGGCCAAGCCGCUUCUACUACGACGCCGCUGCCCAUCUGGGCCACCUGGCCUGUCUACGGCCAGAUCAUCCCUGUUACGACGAGCAUCGACAAGCCCCAGCCGACCGAUGACGGCGUGGUUGUGCCUUGUAAGGCGUGGUUCUUCUUCAUCUGCAUCUCAUGGGGAGAGCUUCACAUCAACGCCUGGCACUGGGUCUUGCCGCCGGGAAUUUACGGUCCCGGUCCCCCACCCAUCGGCCUGAUCAGGUGGCCGCCUGGCAUUACCAUCAAAGGAAACCUGCCGAACUGGCCCAAGAUCACCAUCGGACGCGACAAUCAGAUCACGACCGAGGAGGAGGGCGAGUGCGAGACACAGACGGCUGAGGCCUGCACAACCACAACCUUCGUCUCGGCCGACUCAACGCUCUCGUCGGCCUCCAUGUGCGAGACCAUCUCGGGCUGCUCUAUAAGCGUCUCGGACGAGUCUACCACGGUCAUUGGCACGCAGACGCCGGCGCCCAUCGGCACCUGGCAUGACGAGGUCUGGGCCACCAUGACUUUAGGUGAUGCCUUUAGUAACUCGGUCUACGACGCCCUGAGCGCGCAGAUGGCCCGCGAUGAGGCCAGCGGCGAUGGCACGACCAUUAGCUUCACGCCAGGGCCCACAGCCGGACCAACGUGCGCGGGAGCCACCACUGCCUGUGGCGGCACGCUUUGCUCUGGUUACUAUUGCACGCCCACCCCAACCGGCUACCCACCCGGCUUCCAGGACCCACAGGAUCCCAGCUCGGGCGGCUACUCGGCGCCCACGACAAGCAUCGGCGGCUCGACGACGACGACCAAACCGCCGACCAGCACCUGCACCGUCACCAACGUGUGCAAUUGCAAUGAGAGUGGUUGUGAUGCGUGCUCACCAACUUGCUGCGCUAACGGCACGUGCGGUUCUGAUGUGUGCACCAUCACCGGAGUGUGCAACUGCAAUGAGAGUGGGUGCGACGCGUGCUCGCCGGCUUGCUGCGCCAACGGCACCUGUGGGGACACCUCGGUAGCACCUCCGACGUCAACGGCUGUUGAUCCCUGCGCGGGGUUCGACUGUCGGGCUUGCGGGUCGCCAUGGUAG